UCGUUUAUUCUGCGCGCUCGAUUGGUCCAGAAUACUCUACUGUGCGGUGAGGGAGUGAAUGCCGACUUGAGAGAUAUUUUUUGAGAAGCUCUUCGGAAACAAUCUUCCUCCAUUUUUUAAUGAGAACGUCGUAAAUUGUACAAUUCUUGAAAUAGUUAGACCCUCAGAAUUACGCCCGCGUGAUUGUCUGGUGACAGACAAGUCAACCCAUCAAGGAGGUGCUGUAAUUUUUUGGGGUAGGGGGGACGAACGAUACCGGAUGUCUCUGGAAGAGAUUCCCUCAAAACGUUUUUUUAGCUGUACCAUUCUAACCGAACGAGGUUGGCUCGAGGAGGAGGACACACAAUAGUGCGCCGCGAAAUAAACCGCGUGGCUAACAAAAGAAACCAGCCUUGGUUUUUGACACGUUCGAGGUUUACAGAAAUUCAACUAUUCAGGAAGACCCUUUUGUCAACCCAUGAGAAUAUAAAGUGGAUUCGCAUUUUAGGUGUGUAUGUGAAGCGGGCUGCUGUGGAACUGAGCAAGGAAUACUCCACGGAAGAUGAGGAAGAGCAGAAGUGUGCUGACCGUGUCGCCCAAUGAUGACAAUAAAAAGCCCCCAGACUGUGUUCUCGGUGAGUAUUCCUGCACGCUGGGCGUCGACCUACGCCGGGGAUGCAGGCGUUUCUCCGGGAACCUGCAGCUGCCCCCGUUGUCGUGGCGACAGGCCGAGAGGUCGCGAACCCCCGACGAUGACUGGGUCGUCCGGCCCACCUCCCUCCCCUUCUGCAUCCCACCCCGCAUCGACAUUACGCCGGUUGACCCGGAGUGCUUUGAUGUGGAGAAUGGCCCAUCAGCCAGCUGCAGUCCGUUGGACCCUUCAGCGUCUCCCGGGUCUGGCCUGGUCCUACACACCAACUUCCCUGGACACAACCAGCGCAGAGAGUCCUUCCUCUACCGCUCGGACAGUGACUAUGAACUCUCGCCCAAGUCCAUGUCCCGAAACUCCUCCAUCGCAUCUGAACUACACGGUGAUGACUUGAUAGUAACGCCAUUUGCUCAGGUCCUCGCAAGCCUUCGAAGUGUAAGAAACAACUUCACAGUCCUGACCAAUGUCCAAUGUGCUUCCAACAAGAGGUCCCCUGUGGCCACUCAGCCUCCCAUCACCAGAGUCUGUUUGCCAGAUGAGUCGUACCAGAAGCUGGCCAUGGAGACCAUGGAGGAGCUGGACUGGUGCCUGGACCAGCUGGAGACCAUCCAGACCUACCGCUCUGUCAGUGACAUGGCCUCCAACAAGUUCAAGAGAAUGUUGAAUCGGGAGCUGACACACCUAUCAGAGAUGAGUCGCUCCGGCAACCAGGUGUCCGAGUUCAUCUCCAACACCUUCCUAGACAAACAGAACGACAUGGACAUGCCGUCGGUGACGCCCAAGGAGAAGGCCGGCCGGGAGAAGAAGAAGAAGCAGCAGCUGAUGAUGACUCAGAUCAGUGGAGUGAAGAAGGUCGCUCACGGACCCUCCCUCUCCAGCUCCUCCAUCUCACGUUUCGGGGUCAAGACGGACAAGGAGGACAUGCUCUCCAAGGAACUGGAGGAUCUGAAUAAGUGGGGGUUGAACAUCUUUACCGUGUCCGAGUACUCCGAACAUAGACCGCUCACCUGUAUCAUGUACGCCAUCUUCCAGGAGAGAGACCUGCUGAAGACGUUUAAGAUCCCGACGGAGACGUUUGUGGCGUACAUGAUGACCCUGGAGGACCACUACCAUGGAGACGUGGCCUACCACAACAGCCUCCACGCGGCAGACGUGGCCCAGUCCACACACAUCCUGCUCUCAACCCCUGCCCUCGACGCGGUCUUCAGCGAUCUGGAGAUCUUGGCGGCCAUCUUUGCUGCAGCCAUCCAUGAUGUCGACCACCCGGGGGUGUCCAACCAGUUCCUGAUCAAUACCAACUCUGAGCUGGCCCUGAUGUACAACGAUGAGUCUGUCUUAGAGAACCACCACCUGGCUGUGGGCUUCAAGCUGCUCCAGGAGGACAACUGUGACAUCUUCCAGAACCUGACCAAGAAGCAGAGGCAGAGUCUGAGGAAGAUGGUCAUCGACAUGGUCCUGGCCACUGACAUGUCCAAGCACAUGAGUCUGUUAGCUGACCUGAAGACCAUGGUGGAGACCAAGAAGGUGACCAGCUCUGGGGUCCUGCUGCUGGACAACUACACCGACAGAAUACAGGUUCUGAGGAACAUGGUCCACUGUGCAGAUCUGAGUAACCCUACCAAGUCUCUGGAGCUCUACCGUCAGUGGACCGACCGCAUCAUGGAUGAGUUCUUUCACCAGGGAGACAGAGAGAGGGAGAGAGGCAUGGAGAUCAGCCCUAUGUGUGACAAACACACCGCUUCAGUAGAGAAAAGCCAGGUGGGCUUCAUAGAUUACAUUGUCCACCCUCUGUGGGAGACUUGGGCUGACCUGGUUCACCCUGACGCCCAGGACAUUCUGGACACUCUGGAGGACAACAGGAACUGGUACCAGAGCAUGAUCCCCCAGAGCCCCUCUCCUCCUUGGACCACAGAGCAGGGGGAUCAGGAGGGAGGCGAAGGGGGUCAGGGGGGAGACAAGUUCCAGUUUGAACUCACCCUGGAGGAAGAGGACUCUGAGGGUACAGAGAAAGAUGAACAGAGCCAGGGGGAUGAGGAGGAGGAAGAGGAUAGUCUGGGGGAGGCGUCUCGGUCUCCGGUAGACUACUCGGACUGUCAGGACCCCGAGGAAUCCAUGGAGCCCACGUCGUCCAUAGAGAUCAUUACCCACGAUGCAUCACCCACAGACACAUAAUGGGCUCUGCUGCACCGCGAAGGUGGUUGGUUUCAUGUUUUAAACAGGAGAAAUCCUGCAGCUGUGCAUUUUAACAAGCCCACGAUGGGCUUAGUUUGAGCCCGGAUGGGGUGUCAGUUUAACCCCACCCUAUCCUUGCACUUGCGUUAGGAGCCGGCGACAGAGGGACAGUUUCAGUGGGGCGGCUACAAAGUUCUCAGGAAAAAUGCUGCAAACAUUUUGGACCUGACGGAACGGACAGGCCUCGAGGAAAUGAAGGACUUGGGCCAAUCUGGGAAACGGUUGUUUUUCCAUCCAGACUGGCAUCUGAAAUGUUGACACUACUACUGAGAGAAGUUUUGUACCUUGUGACUUUUUUACGAAAAUGGGAUGUCAAGAGGUAGCAUUUAAACUACUGACUGAUGGACGUGUGUUUGUAUAGAGCGAGAAAACUGUUUACUUUUUUCCUGUACCAUUUGUCAAAACACUUUUCUGUGCCUUUUUUACUAUUGUCUUUUUAAUCCUUUUUUUAAUUUAUUGAACACACUUUAGUAUGUACGUGAUUUUAUUUUAUUUUUCUAAAGAGUUACCCGAAAGCUCAAGAGCAAAAUUCUUUUUAUAUCUCAGACAAAGAGAACAGUCUUCCUUACUAGUAUUGGGCAAUAGAAGAAAUCAAACUAACUUAGACAAACAAUUCUUGGACAAACUCAUCAAAUACUUAAAACAAGACAUCUCAUAAUAAGAUACCAUUUCAAUCCGAGCACAACAUAUAUGCUUCUCUAUGGAAAUCAUGAUUCAUGUUACAUGUUACAUUGUUGCUUCAUGUGUCUGACCUCACUGUAGAUGAACGGUAGGCAGAUAGAUCACUAUAACUAAAAAAAAAACAAUUAGACCCAUUUCUCCCCUUUUAACCUGCUUCCCCACAUUCUCCUUGAAUGAACCCCCCCCCCCCCCCCC